UUGCGCCUUCUGACCUGGCGCCGUUUGAGUUCUGUGGCCUCCAUCUCCUUCAGCAACAAGCAAGCUUCUCAUCUUCAAAGCCUUGAGAAAAUGUCAGGAGAAGAAGAUGUAGCAGUGCCUGCUGAGGCAGCACCCUUGGGUGAGAGUAUGGACAUCAUGACUGCCUUGCAGCUUGUGUUGAGGAAGUCUCUUGCUCAUGGGGGUCUUGCACGAGGGCUUCAUGAAGCUGCCAAGGUGAUCGAAAAGCAUGCUGCACAUCUCUGCGUCCUUGCGGAGGACUGUGAUCAGCCUGAUUAUGUUAAGCUGGUCAAGGCACUUUGUGUUGAUCAUAAUGUGAAAUUGAUGACUGUUGCCAGUUCUAAAACCCUUGGCGAAUGGGCUGGUCUGUGCAAGAUUGAUUCCGAGGGCAAAGCAAGGAAAGUAGUUGGCUGCUCCUGUGUUGUUUGA